CCAACCUCAGAAUACUCAACAUAACACCCCUACGCAAUAUUCGCAUGGCGAGCGGCGUACCAUUUGAUCCCAACCUCUGCAGAUCCUUCUGUCGCAGCCUGGGUACCUGCGCCAGCUACGGAGUCACCGGGCCAUUUUGCGAAUUAUAUGCUCUCCCUGUUGCACAGGUUGCAUGGAAUGGCAAUGCCGAUGAGCCGAGGAUAAACUCUGUGUAUACAUUUUCUGAUAUAGGGUGUGCGUAAGGGCUAGAUUUCUCCUAUUCGUAUCUGCACAACAGCGCUGCGAGGACUUGGUGCCACCUUACGCAUUGCUUUUGUGCAAGAUUGCUGUCCAUUCCGUUCACGUACCAUGAUAAAAUGUCGUCUUCUUCCGUCUUCUAUCCUCAUCAUUGCAUGGCCUCUUCGAGCGCGACGCCUAGUACAGAAUCUUACUCAUCUUUAUAAUUACCUUACGCUAGAGAUCUAGACCUAGUUUGCCUUAUUCAUACAGUAACUACAUUAUUCUGCA